CAACGGCCGCUCCCACCCCGGGGGAUCCUGGGACUAAGCUUUCCCGGAAGGAGCCGCUCGGCGUCCGGGGCUAGGCGGGUGUUCCAGGCCCAAGCCCAGGCCCAAGCCCAGGCCCAAGCCCAGACGCAGGCCUGUGUUCCAAGCCCUUGCUCAAAGACUGAUCGGUGGCCGCUGUGACACUCUAGGUACAGCGGAGGGCGCAGCAGGCAGCUCGCUGAGGAGCCCGGACUCGCCGCCGUGCCAGCCCUGGAGCCGCAGUACGUGGCGGCGCCUCCCCUUUGCCCGAAGCGGAACUGCUGAACGAGCGGCAGCGCAGGCCGGACGAGGUAAACCGGGUCAUUUAUCCGCCUUCAGGUCAUGAAUCAUCUGCCUAAUAAUCAGAUUUGAGGUCCACAGCCUUUUGUGGUCUUGCUACAGGGCGAUUUUCAGUGGAUGACUGACUGGCGUGGCCUGAGGGGUGCCGCAGUGACUGCCUUCCUUUGAUAAGGAAACGAGCUCUCUAUUCUUUGUGGACACCUCGUUGACUGUAAAACAUUACGGUUAUAACUUCUUUCUCCGGCUUGCAUCUCUGUGCAGGAGGAAAGCCUUCACAUGAAAGUGUCCCUUGGUAACGGCGAAAUGGGCGUCUCUGCCCAUUUGCAGCCGUGUAAGGCAGGAACCACACGCUUUUUUACCAGCAAUACUCACAGUUCGGUGGUACUGCAAGGCUUUGAUCAGCUUAGAAUAGAAGGAUUGCUUUGUGAUGUGACCCUUGUACCAGGUGAUGGAGAUGAAAUCUUCCCUGUUCACAGAGCUAUGAUGGCGUCUGCUAGUGAUUAUUUCAAGGCUAUGUUCACAGGUGGAAUGAAAGAACAGGAUUUGAUGUGCAUUAAGCUUCAUGGGGUGAACAAGGUUGGUCUGAAGAAAAUCAUUGAUUUUAUUUAUACUGCAAAACUUUCUCUUAAUAUGGACAGUCUUCAGGACACACUUGAAGCUGCAAGCUUUUUACAAAUACUACCUGUUCUGGACUUCUGUAAAGUAUUUCUUAUAUCAGGAGUCUCUUUAGAUAACUGUGUUGAGGUUGGACGAAUUGCUAAUACCUACAAUCUUAUAGAAGUGGAUAAAUAUGUUAAUAAUUUCAUCCUGAAGAACUUUCCUGCUUUACUGAGUACUGGAGAGUUUCUAAAACUUCCUUUUGAACGACUUGCCUUUGUGCUUUCCAGUAAUAGUCUUAAGCACUGUACCGAACUUGAACUCUUUAAGGCUGCCUGUCGCUGGCUAAGGUUGGAAGACCCUCGGAUGGAUUAUGCUGCAAAAUUAAUGAAGAAUAUUCGAUUUCCACUGAUGACACCACAGGACCUCAUCAAUUACGUGCAGACAGUAGAUUUCAUGAGAACAGACAAUACCUGUGUGAAUCUGCUUUUGGAAGCUAGCAAUUACCAAAUGAUGCCAUAUAUGCAGCCAGUGAUGCAGUCAGAUAGAACUGCCAUUCGAUCGGACUCCACUCACUUGGUUACAUUAGGAGGAGUUUUGAGGCAGCAGCUGGUUGUCAGUAAAGAAUUACGGAUGUAUGAUGAAAGGGCACAAGAAUGGAGAUCUUUAGCCCCGAUGGAUGCUCCCCGUUACCAGCAUGGCAUUGCUGUCAUUGGAAACUUUCUUUAUGUAGUUGGUGGUCAAAGUAAUUAUGAUACAAAAGGAAAAACUGCUGUUGAUACAGUUUUCAGAUUUGAUCCUCGGUAUAAUAAAUGGAUGCAGGUUGCAUCAUUAAAUGAAAAGCGCACCUUCUUUCACUUGAGUGCCCUCAAAGGACAUUUGUAUGCAGUUGGUGGGCGCAGUGCAGCUGGUGAACUAGCCACAGUAGAAUGUUACAACCCAAGAAUGAAUGAGUGGAGCUAUGUUGCAAAAAUGAGUGAACCCCACUAUGGACAUGCUGGCACAGUAUAUGGAGGCUUAAUGUAUAUUUCAGGAGGAAUUACCCAUGACACUUUCCAAAAUGAGCUCAUGUGUUUUGACCCAGAUACAGACAAAUGGAUGCAAAAGGCUCCAAUGACUACAGUCAGAGGUCUGCAUUGCAUGUGUACAGUUGGAGACAAGCUCUAUGUCAUUGGUGGCAAUCACUUCAGAGGAACAAGUGAUUAUGAUGAUGUUCUAAGCUGUGAAUACUAUUCACCAACCCUUGACCAGUGGACCCCAAUUGCCGCCAUGUUAAGAGGUCAAAGUGAUGUUGGAGUUGCCGUCUUUGAAAAUAAAAUAUACGUUGUUGGUGGAUAUUCUUGGAAUAAUCGUUGUAUGGUAGAAAUUGUCCAGAAAUAUGACCCAGAAAAAGAUGAGUGGCAUAAAGUUUUUGAUCUUCCAGAGUCACUUGGUGGCAUUCGAGCUUGUACACUCACAGUUUUUCCACCCGAAGAAAACCCUGGGUCACCUUCUAGAGAAUCGCCUCUUUCAGCACCUUCAGAUCAUUCUUAGGUCUAAGGUGUAAUAACCUUUGCAGUACAUCGUGGGUAAUCUAAUACUUCCCCUUCAGUUGUAUCUUCUUACAGUGAUUGGUACAGUUAUUAGAUAUAAAGAUAACUGAUGUUAUUUGUCUUGUUUGGCUUAGUGUGUUUAUCAAAUGGCUAACAAAUGCAUUCUGAAAAUGUAUUUAACAUAGCUAGCUGUUUUAGCAAAUGAAAAAAAUAGAUGUAGAAAAAUGUUUAGAUGUCUUCUUGUGAUGUUAUAUAAAAUUGUAGAUGACUGUGGUAAAUGUAUAAUUAUGUCCAUUAUGCCUCAAAGUUGAGUUUUCAUCUUUGACUCCAAAAUGUCAGAGGGAGGCCACUCUAACCUAAAAAUAACAAAAGGUUGCCGAGCAUUAAUAGCUACCUCCCUCUUUUCAUAAUUUUUGACAUGUCUGUCAAUUUACUUGAUUGCGUGAUUAUAUUCGGAAUAUUUGAAGUUUCUUACAGAAAUAAUAAAAAAUAUUAACUAGAAGAAAACAGUGUAGCACCAAGCCAGUAUUUGGUACCUCUCUCUAGAGAGAGCAAAAGAGGGAGAAAGGAGAAGAAAAUACACACACAUAAUACAAAUAUGCAUAAUUUAAAAUUUGUUUGGCAUUUCAACUAUGCUGAAAUUGUUUUUAAAUUUAAGUUUCUUUCUUCCACAAAGCCGCCAUUUCUAUUUAAAUGGGAACUCAAUACCAGAGAAUACAUGUCUAUAUAGUCAUACUGAAUUUAGAUAGAUAAGAACUACAGCAUACUAAAUCAAAAACCAAAUUUGUUAUGUGACUAAAUUGUUAUUUCAGAUGAAGCUUACAUUACUUUUCUUCUGCUUGUAGAUUUUCUGUAGAGUACUUUUACACAGAUUGGUAAAAGUUCAGAUUUCAGAGAAUUGCUUUUGCACAGAAAAUGUAGGCUCUGCUUUUUUCCACAUUUUUGGUCAGUAAAACUUAUGAAGAAAGCAAAAAAGAAAAAAUAUUUUGAAGAAAGCUAUAGGGUUUUAAGUUCAGCCUCACAAAUUAGUCAUCGUAAUGUGAUUAUUUUGCGAUUUGGGGUGAAUGCCCUGGUGCUCUUCCAGUCCAGCGCAUUCUGAGCUGUGUGAUCUGCCUUGAUGUUAUGAUCUGCGCAAGCAGGAGAUACAUUUUCUUCUGCAUCAGUGAGCAAAAAUGUUGUUUUGGCUAUGUCUGAAAGACAAGACCAACUUCAGAUUCCCUAAGAAGCCAGCUACGGAGCAUCUAGAACACUAUGGUCUUAACAAGCAGUACUAAAGUUGACCUUCAGCCUCUUCAAUACCAAGGGUAUCUCUACUGGUUGAGAACCACGUAAUUUUUUAAUGGUACUUUAUCAGCAAAUGGAGUUACAGGAAUUCCUUGUAAUGAGUGAUUCUGAAGAGGUACUUUCCUGGAAUAAGUGUCUACCUGAAGAAAACAAUUUUAUAUAUACACAUGUGUCUGUGUGUGUAUACGUAUAUAUAUAUGUAUACACAAACACACACACACAUAUACACCUAUACCUGGAAGAUUGUCAGAGUGUACAUCAGGAACAACUUUGUCUUUAUUGACAAUCCCAUAAUAAAACUCAGGAACCAAGGCAAAAUGAAUUGGCUCUAGGGAUCUGAAACUUACUGCCCAUACAAGUGUUGAUUCAUUUUAAUGCUUUUUAUGAUUUUUGCAUUUGCAGAAAUUUUCAUACUUUAUAUGUUUUUUUAAAAUAACUCAGUUUUUAUUACUAAAAAUAGCACAUUUGAAUACAUUUGAAAAAUAGAAAAAGUAGAAAUUAUUGUUAACUUUAUUGAAUAAGCAAGAAGUACAUCCCAAGCCUUUCUUGAUUAUUAAUGAGCUUGAAUAUCUGUGUAUUAUGGGUAACUGUGUUUCUUUGACCAAAUGUUCCUGUCCUUUUGUCCUUGUGUUACCUAUCGGAGUUGCUUUGUUUUUCGUAUCAAGUUAUAGGAUCUCUUUAUAUAAUAAAUGGUAUUUAACUUGCA